UCUCCACCGAAAACUAAAGAAAAACAAAUUAUACCCUGAGGAGGAAAUUCAUUGAAACGAUAUUAUUAGUUUCCAAAAUAUUUGUCGAUAUGUCGCCUAAUAACUUUGCCACCGAUUUUGAUGGAGUUUCCGGCGAAUUGCCUGAAGCCGACAUUCAAAUCAUAACCUCCGGCGGCCGCCGAAUUCCGGCACAUUCUACUGUUCUGGCUGCGGCUUCGUCAGUUCUGGAGAGCAUAUUGGUUCGGCCGCAAAAGCGACGGAGCUCGGAGAAAACUAUUCGGAUUCUGGGUGUUCCAUGCGACGCCGUUUCCGUGUUUGUCCAGUUUCUCUCUUCUCUCAAGUGCAGUGAAGAGCAGAUGGUUAAACAUGGAAUUCAUCUUCUAGCACUCUCUCAUGUGUAUUUGGUACCACAACUAAAGCAGAGAUGUACAAAGGGGUUAGCUGAGCAAUUGACCAUUAAAAAUGCGGUAGAUGUGCUUCAACUGGCCAGGCUCUGUGAUGCACCCGAUCUUUAUCUCAAGUGCUUGAAAUUUAUAUCAACCAAUUUCAAGAAAGUUGAGAAAACUGAGGGUUGGAAGUUCCUCCAAGAUCAUGACUCUCUGCUUGAACUUGAAAUUCUGCAGUUCAUGGAUGAGGCUGACUCGAGGAAGAAGAGGACAAGAAGACACAGGCGGGAGCAGAACUUGUAUUUACAGCUAAGCGAAGCGAUGGAUUGUAUAGAGCACAUAUGCACUGAAGGAUGCACCAGCGUGGGGCCAUGUCAUGAGGAGCCCUGCACAAAGAAGCUUCCAUGUAGCAAAUUCAAAACGUGUCAAGGCGUCCAGCUCCUUAUUCGACACUUCGCUACAUGUAAGAGAAGGGUGAAUGGAGGUUGUUUGCGAUGCAAAAGGAUGUGGCAACUCCUUAGAUUGCACUCUUCUAUUUGUGACAAACCUGAUGAAUGCCGAGUACCACUGUGCAGACAAUUCAAAGUGAAGGUGCAACAAAAGGGAGAUGAUGCGCUAUGGGAAUCACUCGUUAAAAAGGUGGUGUCAGCCAGAACCAUAUCCUCAUUAUCUCUGCCCAAAAGAAAGAGAGAAGAGGAACCAAAGAUGAACUUAGACCAUCAUCAAGCGAGAAGCUUGUCGACAACUCGGUGUCAGUAGUUUGGAAGUUUAGUAGUACUAUAUAAUCCGAGAAGGAAUUCCAGGUAGAAUAUUAGUGGAAGCGCAACGGUUUUUGUUGUUAUUAUAUAUGUUCUGCUAUAGUGAUUUUACUUAAUGUGUCAGUCCUGAGUUGGAGAAAUCCUCUGUAAAUGCGGGGGUUCAACAGUAGAGUUGUAUAGGAAUGAAUUUUGUACAUGUAGUGGAUGGCCGUCAGUUGUAUCUUCCUCCGUUUUGCUUGAUGAUCAAGUAAAUUGGUGAGGUAAUUUAUUGUUAUUGGCUUCAAUCUGUUCCA